UGAUUGAUGCGAUUUCGUAUUUUUUUCGCAAAUCGAAAAGUUUUCUCCAUCAUCACGUAAACGCAAAAGUCGUGUUUUUUCUGGUGAUUUCCGUGUUAUCUCGAUCGGAAUUGUCCUUUACCGAGAGACAGACAUAGCCUUAGGUGUGGCCGUAUCCGGAAAGUAGUGAUCGUCGAAAAAGUGGCUAGAAAAAACGUUCUCAAUUAGGGAAAUUUUUCUCGUGGAAUUUGAUUUUCUUCCUUAGGACAAAAAACUGCUCGGGCAGAUUUCGAUAAGAGGGUUGAAAACGGAGGAAAAGAAUAUUAUCAGUGGAUGUGUCUCUCGUCACCUUUUGUGAUUCGAAUGGAUGCAUCGAUUUAGAAACAACAAUGCUGCAACCUUCGGACAUAUUAUAACUUCGAAGAACUGCGAGAAAAAUAUAUCGCCUCAAAUCAACACGACAUUGUAAACCAGGAAAAGUGUACAUCCGGAAGUGGGUGUAUACGAGUAUUAGGGUUAAAAGGGUUACGACAGCUGAAGCCUGGAAAUUACCCAAAACAAGCUAUCUCAACCAUGAAGAAGUUUAUCUCCAAAUUUGAAAACAAAAGCGAAGCUACUCCAAGUAAGGAAACUAAUAGCUUUGUUGGGAAGACUUUCAAGCUGGGCAAGGAAAAUGUAGUAACAGUCGAGGAAGUAUUAGCCGAAGGAGGAUUUGCCGUUGUUUUCUUGGUAAAGGGAGCUAAAGGGGAAAGGUUUGCACUGAAGAGAUUGUAUGUGAACAAUGAGCACGACCUGGGAGUCUGUAGUCGCGAGAUCAAGAUCGCCAGUAAUCUCAGCGGUCACAAGAACAUCAUAGGAUAUAUAGACCAUAGUAUCAAUCCAAAAGGCAAUGGGGUUCAUGAGAUCCUGUUGCUGAUGCCUUAUUGCAAGACAAAUCUGUUGACAUUGAUGAAUGCUCGGAUUCCGAAUGGAUUUAGCGAACAGGAAGUUUUGCAAAUAUUUUGCGACUCUGCAGAAGCUGUCGCAAGGUUGCAUCAGUGCCAGACUCCUAUCAUACAUCGAGAUCUUAAAGUUGAGAACAUUCUGCAAAAUGAUAUUGGUAAUUUUGUAUUGUGUGAUUUCGGCUCUGCAACAGCCAGAAUAUUGAAUCCAAAUACUCACGGAAGAACUAUUGUAGAAGAAGAGAUUCAGAAAUAUACUACAUUGUCCUAUAGGGCUCCGGAAAUGACUGAUUUGUUCACUGGUCACGACAUAACAGUAAAAGCCGAUAUUUGGGCACUAGGAUGUCUGCUCUACAAGCUCUGCUUUUUCACUUUACCUUUCGGGGAGAGUGCCCUGGCAAUACAAAGCGGUCAAUUUAGUAUUCCUGACGGAUCCAAAUAUUCACGAGAACUUCAUCAACUUAUUAGAUAUAUGCUGGAACUAGAUCUAGAAAAACGACCCAACAUUUAUCAGGUUUGUGAGAUUGCCUUCAGAAUUGCUGGUAGAACAAAUCCGGUGCGAAAUCUUACCAAAUCGUCCGUCCCGCCGAUUGAAACAUUGACAGUUCCGCCUUUUGAAAGCGAAACUAAACGUGUUCCAUCGAACACACCCGGAUCGGUUGCAAAAACAACGAAGCCAAGUGCACCAGCAAUCAUCGAAGGUACCUCUGUGGCUCCACGCCAACGACCCAAGGCAUCACAGUCUGCAUCGAAUAGUAGUUUCUCCCUCGGUUUACCGCCCAAUCCUUCUCCAAAAAACGUUCUAUCGUCCCCAACUCCGGGUACUGUUCCUUCAUCAACCCCGAAAAAACAACCGGAGACUGUUGCAGCUGUACAUCCGGAACCAUUCGUUGCUAAGUUUACGGAUAAUUUUCCGACACCAGUAUCAACAGAAGUACCAGGAGCGAAUUUGUUUCAAACGAAUUUCCCAGAUCCCUUUCGGGAAGUGGAUAAUAUAACUGAGCUUGCUUCGGAACCGGCCUUAGCAAAUCCAUCGCAGCCGAUUUCCGCAGUAACGCGCAAUUCUUCUUCAUCAUCGCUUCUACAAUCGCCUAGUCAUGCUUCGGUUUCAUCGCAUUCAGCAGGAACGCCACAUGGUACAGGAAGUGCUACCAACAUGGCCUCAACCGGUAUUCUUCUACCGCCAAAACCGGCCAUUGUUGGCCAUCGUCGUAACAUGAGCGAUACAACAGCCUUCAACAAAGCUUACACAACGGAAACAUCGCAAUUCCUUGCACCUUACGAUGUGUCGUCUAAUAAUUAUCAACCUCCGACUACUCCAUCCAGUGGCAAUGGUUCCGAACACAAUCUACACUCAAUUCCUGCUAACUUCGAAUCGCGCUCCUCAAAUCCUCAACUAAAUCCAACUGCCCAACAACCAUGGAAUCCAUUCGGAGAUCCUACUCCGUUUUCUCAAAUGACCGAGGAUCACAUUUUUGGUGAAGAAUUCGACAAAAUCCGAAAACAAGGCUCCCAAGGAAGUCUGCAAACUCCUUCAGGUUCUCAAACAAACUCACGGCAUCCCUCGCUCCCGCAAGUUCAACCGAUUCCUCUGCAAUCUCAAUUCUCUCCGGAAAAUAUACCGGACACACCCGACGAUGAUCCUUUUAGUUCUGCCCCUUUCACUCUUCCACUGAGAGAAAAAAGUCGUUCCCUCAAGCUAGGUUCCAAAAAAAUGAUUGUUAUCGAUGGCGGCUUCUCGAGUCAGCUAUCAGUUCACGUAGGUGCUAUGCCUGACAAAGAUCCGCUCUGGAGUUGCCGCUUCAACGUCACCAACCAAGCUGCUGUCGUUGAAACACAUCUUGAUUACUUGAAAGCCGGAGCCGACUGCAUCACCACGAAUACCUACCAAGCAUCCAUUGAAGGUUUCAUGGACUAUCUGGAUUUAAACGAAGAGGACAGCAUUAAACUAAUGAAAUCCACAGUGGAAUUGGCUAAACUUGCUCGAACGCGCUACUUGGCUGAAAAACAAGAUUACAAAUCACAAAAAAUUCCUUGGAUCGUAGGCUCGAUCGGUCCGUAUGGAGCCCAUCUGCAUGAUGGAUCCGAGUACACCGGAACCUACGCCGAUUCUCUACCGGCAGCCCGUCUUCAAAAAUGGCAUCGCCCAAAAAUUUCAGCUAUCCUAGAAGCCGGUGUCGAUGCCUUAGCAAUCGAAACCAUCCCCUGUCGAAUGGAGGCUGAAGCAGUUUUUGAGAUGCUCACUCUCGAGUACCCGACGGUGCGUUUUUGGAUUUCAUUCCAAUGUAGAGAUGGCAUGUCCACUGCUCACGGAGAACCAUUCGCCGAAAUUGCAACGGCCCUGUGGAACAAAUCCCGCACAACUCUAAAAAAUCCUAACUUCCUUGCAAUCGGCGUAAACUGUGUGUCACCAAUUCACGCACUUCAACUACUAGCGCCCAUCAAUGCCCAUCGACCAGAGGAAGACAAGAUACCACUCAUAGUCUAUCCAAAUUCAGGAGAGAUUUUUUCUGGUAGCCACUACACCACAUCCGAUGAUCUCGUUCCGCUAGAAUCCUACAUACCGCAGUUCAUCGAUCUAGGUGUAAAAUUCGUCGGUGGUUGUUGUCGAACCACAGCCAGAGACAUCAAACGAGUCAAGAAGGUCGUCAUCCAACUGUAUGGCGGUCGGGGAAGUCUCAGUGCCGCUGCAAAUUCCUAGGGACUCGAGAAAACGGACAGCAAUCGAGAUGGUGCUGAUCCGUUCGAAGACAGCGAUGUUACCGAUAACAAAACAGGCGAUGAUCAUAAUGAGGACAC